AUGACUGACGAGCCUGCAAAGGGCAACCGCACAGAACCAACCAUCCGCAUCGACUUCUCUUCAGUAACUGACCUUACCUAUCCUUCUCUCCCACUCGACCUGUCCCUUGACUCCUUACUCGCCCAUUCUGCAACCCCUACUCCGUCCUCUGUCCCUAUCAUGCCUAAGUCCGAGACCGACACGUCAUCCCUUGCAGAGAGUUGGGCUUCGCUUGCAGGCACUGAAUUCUCACAUGAAGAUGACAUCCACUCAGAGCACACAGAUGUCGGCUCGCUCCUUGAUGUCCACAGCUCAGAUGAUGUCCAUAGUGUCGUAGAUGCUGAACACCAAGAGGACCCCGAGGAGAGCUCUGAAGAAGAUGACCAUGGAGCAGAUAUCACAAGUUCCCAACAAUCAUUGCCAUUAAGUCCAUGGGAUCGAUCUGGACUCCACAUCGAUCACUCUACUUCCAACCUCGGAGCUUCCCUCACUGAGGCGGGGCCACCAGGUUCCCAUGCCACAUUGUCUAUGGACUAUCAUGCAGAAACCCCUUUCAAUGAGCAUGAGAACACAGCACUACGUCGACAUCUCCAAUGCACCGACAAUGCGGAACGAUACUCAGGAGUCACCCGUAUGGGCUUGUUGGCCCAAGGAGUGGACCUCAAUACCCUUGACUAUUUCAAGGUUGUACUACUUGGCAGAAGCAUUGAGCAGUUUCGGCCAGAAAUUCAAAGAAAGCUGGGUGAUGUUCUAGUCUCGCAAGGAGGCUCAAGCCAAUGCAGCUCUCGCGGAUCUGUCACCAGAUUCCACCUUGUUCCGAAUACUUUUGGCCCCGGAGCGGAACCUGAUUUUGCAGAUCUCGUUGCUAUUGACAAGCAGAUCGAUUUCGAUUGCUACGACCAGGUGGACGAAAUGGCGUCUAGCUACAGCAGAACAAACUUACAUCUGAGGAAUAGAAGCACCUCAUCGGAAUUCGUGUCGAUGUGGAACGGGCGAAACUUCGUUGUAAAUCAAUCACGGUGGAUAUCUCCAGAUCUCGCCAUCAUCUGUGUCGAGUUGGAUAGCACUGGAAAACUAGACCACUGCAGCCACAACAUGAUCAAGUUCACAGAACGGCACCAGAUCCCAAGGAUUGUCAUCCGCAUGGAUCGUGGAUGGGCUGGUAAUUAUGGUAGUAUUCAAGAAGAAGGCGAUCUCCUUCACUCCAUCAAGGCAGGAUCUGAGCAGCCGCCACUCAUCCUUCAGAGCACACUCAAUUUCCCUGUGGACAUAGCAACCUUUCUCAACCUUGAGUCUGCUCUACUCAACAAGCAUAUCGCUUUCAUCGUCGCACGAGCACAUGCACUUGCCUCUAGAAUUGCUCCCGACUUCACACUCUGCCCUAAUGAUAGAAGCGAAGAGAAAGCCAGUCAGCCCUUGGGAAGGAUCACAAGCUUCUUCUGGAGCGGAUACUCCCUUCCCAUCGUUAUCUUUUCACUGGCAAUCAUAUUGACCUACAUGGUUGGUCUAUUGUUUAGCAUUUUCCUUUCACGACCAGCCCGCUCUCCGUCAGGCCUGUCCGCCCUCACCACUCAAAUGCCUGACAACUUGCCUACAGCGGCAAUCAGGUCCACGCCUUCUACACUACAAACUAUACAGACAUCAUUGCCAAGCACCACGCAACAGUCGCUUGCGGCUCUGGCCCGAGAUGACGAAGCCUGGCAACAAAAGCUGGCAAGGGCCUCGGUGAGUCGUAAUAAGAUGGCAAGAGAUCCAGAGGCCCAUUUCCAGGUUGGCAUUGCGAGUCCUAGCCAGCUAAUGGUGAAACUACCAAAGAUAGCCACCACAAGCAAGAGGCGUUCGGUUUUGAAUGCUAGCCUUAAACGUGGAGUAGAAAUCCUUCCCGUCAUAAUACAGGAGCUGUUCGAUGGAGUUUUCAUUGUAACCCUUGAGCCUCGGGACAGCUAUGGAGAUAUCGAGGUCUCAUUGACAAUGUCUAACCCCCCAAUCACAGAGACGUUGACCUUGUCAUUUGGAGGUCGGUCCCUUCAAAGUUAUGACAAGUUGAGGAUAGCCCUCAAUUUUGUCAACGGCUAUGCACGAGAGCUUGUUGCGCGUUUGUCACGACAAGUCACCGAAGCAAAAGAUAUCCCUGCUCACAAAAUCGUCAAUGACCUCAACGACAUUGGCAUGGCUGUGAACGCCCAGCUUCGGGAGAUACGGGCGAAGGUAUCAGCAGCUGGUUUGCUGCAUGAUGACAUGCAGCUGGGCUUUCGAUCUUGGGUUGUACAUCACCUCAAAAUGGCUGGGGCGGAAAUUGUAGUAGUUUCACGGAAUAGACUUGAGCAGGGACAGCGAGUCUUGAAGGAACUCUUGGCUAGUUUUACAAUUGCACGGCCGACAGUACUGGAUCGAUUGCAACAGAUAAGCAGUGCUGAAAUCAAGCAGCAGAUACACACCAGCGUUGUGGUCGACGGGCUUGCCUCUGCACAAGGGAGGGCUCAGUACGUGGUCUCGCGAGCGGCGAACCGACUGAGGCGGCUCAAAGCGAGUCUCGAAACUCGUGGUUGA